AUGUCUACAUUCCACAAAUCAUCACCGUUAGAUGAUAUUGAUCAAAUACUUCAAUAUAUUGGUGAAAACAUUCACACCGCUAUAAAAGACAGAAAAAGAAAUCUUACCGAAAUACGACAACAGAAAGAAAUUUUAUUAAAAGAGGUAAACAAGAAAAGACAAGAAAUGAACGACUUGCUGGACCAUUUGGAAAAAACAUUACUUCAACAAUUGUCGGAAGUAGAACAGGAAAGUCAUAAACAAAUGGAGGUUGUUAUUAAAGACCUGGAAGAACGAAGAAGCAAAAUCAUUCAACUUCAAAGCGAUGUUGCACUUAUCAAAGAAAGCGCAUCCAGCCUACAGAUUUUCAUGGGAAUAAGAGAACUAAAAGAAUCUACCUCGUCUGAAGAGAAGCACAUCAAAUCAUUACAUUGUAGUGGCAGUUUAAACAACAUCACUAUAGAAUGUAUAUUUGAUAAUCAACUCAAAGCCCUUAUCGAGAAUACUAAGAAUCUUGGAAAGGUAGAGGUGAAAAACGCCGAAACUGAAAUAUCCUUUUCCUGGGUUGGUGAUAAAUCAGCACAACUGAUUUCUCCACGUCAAAUAAUAAAACCAAUAAAAGAUAUUCAGGUUAAACAAGUGCACAGUAUAAGUACACGUUGUCAAAUCACUGGUUGUGUAAUUUUACCGACUGGUAAAAUAUUAUUAUCCGAUUAUAACAACGGCAUAUUAAAAUAUGAUAACAAUGGAGGCUUUGAGUCUAGGAUAUCUAUCAAAUCGUCUCGUGCAUUUAGUCUGGCGGUUGUGGAUGAACAUACAGUUCUUUUAUCAAGUGGUGGAUGGGUGAAAGGCCUAUUUCUUCUCGAUAUCAACAGUGGUAGCAUAGUCAAGACUGUCAAUCAGCGUAAUUGGUUUUUUUAUGGUGUUAGUUUCCAAAAUGGAUCAUACAUAGUUUGUACGCAUUUUAACGGAGUUAAAAUCCUUAGUACGUCACAAGGAAGCGUAACCAACGUUAUUAGUCUUUCUGGGGUUGACGGAAGUAAUUCUUAUAUUGCAUCCUGUCAAAAUCUUAUCGUUCAUUCAGGUUUCAAUUCUGAUGCCAUUACAUGUUUUAACUUCAAGGGUGAAUUACUCUGGACAUACAAAGCCUCUACCCUAAGAAAACCAUGCGGUAUCACCUUCGAUUCUGAUUCCAAUAUCUAUGUUGCCGGUUCUGCAUCAAACAAUAUAGUGCUGAUAUCGCCAGAUGGGAUGAAUGCUAAGCAGCUUUUAGAUUCUAGCCAUGGAAUAUUAGAUCCCCGUGCAAUUUACUUUGAUAAAAAAGAUAACGUUUUGUUAGUGGCAAAUUAUCAAGAAUCUGCCUAUGUUUACGGGGUUUCGUAA